AUGAAUGCAUUCAAGAACAUGGAGCAGAAAAGAAAUGUUCUGUCAGAAUUAGGCAAAUGCAAUAGUAAUGAUCAUCCACGGCGGGUCGGCACUGGGUUUAAUCCGGCAGAGAGGGUAGCCGGCGACGAGAAACGGAGGAGGGAACAAGAGAAAGCUGAAAUUCUCCUCCACUUAAUCUGCUGGGGACCCAACUAG